AUGCCAGCAGACGCGCAAGUACACGAACUGCCUUUUACUGACUUUGUGCUUGUUCAUCUCGAUAUAUAUGACAAUGCUUACCUAAAAGUUUCGCAGUCAAUCGCAAAUGGAUGGCAACCGAUACUAUCCGCCAACGUGAUUGACGCGUUCCUAAGAGCUGUGGCUAUGUCAAGAGAAGUCUGCUUCACAAACUCCGAAGUACCAUCUAAUCAGGUAAUGCCACAGACAGCCCAGGUAGCCGGCGUUGGGACACAAUUAGGAAUUGCGGAGUAUAUACAAACCCAUGUUCCAGCAGCAACUCCCCUUCAGCAGAUUGCAUGGCCUCCAUGCAAACAGCCUUCGGCCGACUUGCAUACGGUACCUUCCAAUGGCCAAGGUCAAUUAGCCUUAUACUAUACACAGGCCUUCGAUAGUCUGCAUCAGGCAAAUUGCCGAAUCCUUGCAAAAGCCUAUAUCAAGCUUAUCGAGCCCGGCAAGCAGCUAAACUAUCCAUACAAUGGACGAAAGAUGGUUGCAGGAUCUCGAAGGCAAUUUCAUCCCCAGACAACUACACCACCAUGGUGGCCUUCCGGAGUAACCCAUCGGGAGCCAGAUCAUCUCCCUAAAAACGCAUUCGCCUCCUGGUUCACAUCCUCUGCAACUUGUUCGUCAGUCACGGAAUCACGGUCGCAAGACUCCGAGAAGCCGAUCAGCCGGUUCGCUCUCAGAUUUUCCCACCAGAGCGAUUACAGCUCCUUGAUGAGCUAUAUCAAAUUAGGCAACGUGAAGAAGAUUGGUUGA